AUGCCAGCCGAUCUCGUCGAGCCCGGGCCUUCACGCCAGCCCGCCACCUCGCCCGUUGUUCGCCGGCGGCGAGCCCGGACGGCCGCGCAGAAGCUAUCUUCGAGCCCCAUGCGAUCUCGCUCCGCCUACACCGAGCCCCGCGAUUCCGGCAGCCGGACCGGCGGAGCCAAGGCCCACUAUUCGCCCGAUGCCGGCUCGGCGCAGCUCGAUGCCCCAGCAGAGUGGCUCCAGGCGCGCAAAUAUGCCGUGCUCGUCGACGCAGGCUCCUCGGGGUCUAGGAUGCAGGUCUACUCGUGGAAGGACCCGAAGCUUGACCGCGCGCUCAAGGAGAGCCGUGGUCAGGACAUCAAGACGCUGCCCAAGGUCGAAAAGGGAACCUGGGAAGGCAGCGGCAUGGACUGGACCGUCAAGGUUGAGCCGGGCAUCUCGUCGUUCGGCGACCACCCCUCCGACCUGGCUGCAUACCUCCGACCGCUCAUGGAGCAUGCGGAAAAGGUGGUGCCCCCGUCCGCCUGGUCGGACACGCCCAUCUACAUUAUGGCCACCGCCGGGAUGCGGCUGCUUCCGGACAGCCAGCGCGAGGCCGUGCUUUCCGAGACCUGCCGCUACGUCCGGGAACACACCUCGUUCCGCAUCGACGGCGGCUGCAGCUCCCACGUCUCGGUCAUCUCGGGCGAGGAAGAGGGCCUGCUGGGCUGGAUCUCGGUCAACUACCUCAUGGACGGCUUCCACAUCCGGCCCAAGCAGAACCUGACUGAGGGCGAGGCCGAUCUCGUGGAGGGCAAGAGCACCUUUGGCUUCCUCGACAUGGGGGGCGCCAGCACCCAGAUCGCCUUUGAGCCCAGCAAGGCGGCGCUGCAGGCCGAGGAGGGCCAGUCGAGCGCUCAGGAGGAGCUCACGCCCGUCAGUCUGCGCAUGCUCGACGGCACCGAGGUGUCGCACCAGGUGUUCGUCACCACCUUCCUCGGCUACGGAACCAACCAGGCGCGCCAGCGCUACGUCAAGCAGCUCAGGGAGACGGGCAAGCCGCUCGCCCUCGACACUGCACCGGCGACCUCGACCUCGACCUCGACCUCGACGUCAGCCUCCUCGUCGGCCGUGGCGGCUGUUGGAGCGCCGAGGCCGUACGCGGACCCCUGCCUGCCCGAAGGCCUGCAACUGACUGCCGCGGGCCACGACCACACGGACGUCUCGCUCGUCGGCACCGGAUCAUUCACCGAGUGCCUCGAGGCGACGCACCCGCUGCUGGACAAGGAGGCGACGUGCACCAACCCGCCUUGCCUCUUCCACGGCGUUCACGUGCCCAAGAUCGACUUCAGCGUCAACCACUUCAUCGGCGUCUCCGAGUAUUGGUUCAGCUCCAACGACGUCUUCAACCAGGGCGGCGUCUACGACUUUGUUUCGUUCCAAAAGGCCGCGGUCGACUUCUGCGGCAAGCCGUGGUCGGAGCUCAAGUCGCACCUCGAUGCCGGCGACCUGUUUGGUCCGCAGGUCGAGCUCAACCGCCUUCAGCUGCAGUGCUUCAAGGCUGCCUGGAUGGUGACGGUGCUGCACGAGGGCAUCGGCCUGCCGCGGAUCGUCGACAGCAAGGGUCAGGGCGAUGGCAAGGAUCACACCGACGAGGCGCAGGACAAGGCGGACCAGAAGAACCUCUUCCAGAGCGUCAACGACGUCGACGGCUUCUCGGUCAGCUGGACGCUGGGCAAGGCCGUCGUCGAGGCGAGCCGGGACAUUCCGCCCGCUCCCAAGCUGCUCCCCUCGCCACUCGACGGCCUUCCGCUACAGAGCGGAGGCAGCGGUGGUGCCGUCGGGCUCGGGGGGUGGAAGCCGUUUGGCGCCAACUGGCCCACGACGGGAGAGGGUUCGGCGUUCCCUCCGGCGCUGCAGGCGGGCCAGCGUGCGUUUGGUCCGGCCGCGGUCCUGGUCGCGGUCGCAGCUUUCCUCGUGCUCGCCCUCACCUGCCUCUGCACGAGGGGACGCAGCCCGAGGGCGACACGUCGGCGUGCGGCCAUCAAGGAGCUUCUGCCGCCGCCGCUGGGAUCCCUCGGUGGCGUCUGCGCUGCCAAGCGGGGCGCGCGCGGCGACUAUGCUCUGGCGAGCAUGGAAGAGGCGUCGGAGGUCAAGGGGCCCGCGUUCGGAUCCAAGUGGUUCUCUCGGGGCAAGCGUGGCGAGAGCCUGCUGUCGAGCCCGGAGCUCGAGUCGGAGCAGUCGUACAGCUCCGAGGGCAGCAGCGAAGAGAGCGUGGGCGGGGGCCGCUCCCGCAAUCACCGGCGGCGCAAGUCCAACACGGGCUUUUUGCGCACCUUGAUGCUGCCGGCGAGGCGUCUCUUCUACGGCGCCGCAGCUCUGCUUCCCGCCUCUGUGUCAUCGAGGGCGAUGCGGGCCUCUGGGCGCUCGAGCGACCGGCUGGCCGCCCACGCGCGGCGUGCGACGGCCUCGAGCGGGAGGAUCCCCGUGCGGCGUGGGGCGACGAGCCCGACGCUGGUCAAGGUGAGCCGACCCGGCUCGCCUGGGCUGGUGGGCAUCACAUCUGGCAGCACGAUUUCGAGGCCGGCGUCGCGCACCAGCAGCCGCGCGCCGACGCCGACCCUGGGGCUGCGGUCGGGUGCGCCGGGCGCCCACGCCCGACCAGUGGGACCAUUUUCGGCGGGGGGCAUGGCGGGCAUGCACGGGUCAUCGUCGAGGCCGGGCUACUUUACGGCAAGCCUGACUCGUGCCAACUCGCAGACGGACCUGGGACAGGCGCACGAGAACCUGCUGGCGCCCAACAGCGCGACGGCGACGACGAGCGCCAUGCUGAGCCGCAGCCCGUCUCGGGUCGGGUCGCCCGCUCCGCACCUGUCGCCCAUGUCCGAGGUGCGGCCGUAG